CAAAAUUCCCCCUCUUCUUAUCCUUUUUACAACAAACCUUUUGGGGGGGCUUCCGGUCCACAUCCUCCUUCCUCCAUUUCUCCUGCUCUCCCCGUUACCUUCAAAGCAAGCAAAAGGGCUAAAAAAAAGAUCCAUUUCUCAUCCGAAAUUUGGUUCGCAAGUGCGUGAUCGUCUUCUCGGCUUUGCGCUCAUUUAUUUUUUGCACGCCGCCGGAUGACAGCACAGAUGGCAUGUUGAGAAAGGGGUCCAUCUUUUUUUCAAAAUCGCCGAGUGCAAACGGUCGAGUUGGGCUGUCGCAAAAAAACUCGUCAACACAACACAUACACACAAUGAAAUGAUCUCAUAGAUAGUCCUUGAAAGCAAAAAACAACAGCCUUCGGUCUCCUUCUUGCCCUAGCCUUUGGGUUUAUCCGUUAGCCUUUCUCUCGCCCUCCCUGCCCUUCCUUUCCUCCUCCAGAUGGCGGUCUUAACGUGGACUGGUCUGCAUCCGACGACCCAUCCUCACAGCCACUACUACUACAAGUCCUACUCGUCAAUGAACCAUCAUGUCCCGCACCAUCAGCCGUCUCAGCGCCGCCCUCGCAGAACUUCCCCGUCCCCGUCCUUGUCGUCAUCAUCGAAAGCGAUACCCCAGUUGGUAGCACACUUUAUUUGCCUGGUUGUUCACCGAACAUGGCCAAGACCGAACGGCCAGCUCUCUUCGCAGCCAUCCUCCACAUUCGACGACGCUCAACCUCACCCUUCCUUCCUCGCCUUUGUCAACCGAAUUGUACGAAUGUCUGGUGUCUCCAGCGACCUCCUUUUCCUCGCCCUCCUCUACAUCAUCCGUCUUCGCCGUUCCUCGUCCGGUUCCUCAUCCAUGCUUGAACCUACAUCGCCAACGACGCAGUCUUUGGUAUCAACACACUCAUUUGAAUCACAGGCGGCACUUUCAGAAGCACGCCUUGUCACAGCCGCCAUCAUCCUCGCUCAAAAAGUCACGGAUGAUAACAGAUUCACCAACAAAACCUGGGCAGAGCUGACUGGAUUUGUUUUGACGGACGUGAACCAGAUGGAAGCGGACUUUCUCGCACGGGUGGAUUUUCGGUUACAUGUCGGGGACGGGGAAUAUGCUGCCUGGGUGCGGCAUUGCAAGACUUGGGCGAGGCAACUCGGUGUUUUGCUGGAACACGGCGGAGAACAAGUAAACACCGUCCAACCCGUCCAACCAGAUGGCAAGGUCGCUGGUUAUUACCGAAAGCGCAAAGCGGGUGUCCCCGACUACGCACUCAGUGAUACAUCUACCCGAAAGCGAGCCGUUCGCCGCCCACUCGACAUGACUACAUACCCUGUGGACCAAGCAAAAUGGGCCGCUCCUACCGCCCCCCACGUCUUUUCCGCCCUCCCCGCUCCAUUCCAACAACCACACAACUCUCAAACAGCGCCCAUCCACUACGUCACCCUCCCACAGCCAACACCAUCCGCAUACUCUUGGACAUGUUGUGCCCAUGAGUUCCAGCAGCCUCUUUACGCUGUCUGUGGAUACACAUAUACCACCACGGGUCACGUCGUUGCUGAAACCACUUGGCUGGAUGGGAUGGGAAUGGCUAUUGGGCAGUAUGGCUAUAUGCAGUGAAAUAACAUUUGGGGAUGACUAUCUUUAUAUGUUUGUAUGUAUAUCGUAUGUGAUUUUCAUGGGUCAUUGGGGGGGACGUCAAUGGGGUUCUUUAAAUACCGUAUUUGCGGGAAUCUUUUCGGGAAAUGUACAGCUUUUGUUUUUAGAAUAUAGGUAUGGCAUGCUGAUACUACAGUGGUCAUUUUACAUCUUGGGGAUCCAUAUUUCUUUCUUUGUGUUUCUCUGUGUACAAUAUAUAUACUUUUUGCUGCUAAAACG